AUGGCCACUGGCACUGUGCUCGGAGCAGCAUCCCUGGCUAUCCAGUUAUCCAACGGCUGCUUAAAAGGCUACGGUGUCGUCACAUCUGCCCUGGCAGCUUCGAAAGAACUCAGCUGUGUCUUAUUACAGUUCGAAAUAGAACAAUCGCGCUUGCGAGAUUUCGUCGAGGCGGCUGGACUCACGGAUGAAACCACAGAAAAUAAUGUGAGGCCGGCGAUUCUCGCAAAAGGAACACUUCUGUUGAGAAUCCUGGCCGAGAUCCAGCUUGCACUCUCGCAGUUUUCAGACAAUAACGAGUCUCAACGGAUACAGUCGGUCGAUUACGCGAACCCGACCAUCCCCCAUGACCUGGGUGAGAGCUUCAACAACCUGAUCAAUGAAGCUUUCGUGGCUUCUCAAAAGCCACCUGACAAAUUCAGUUUGCUUCGCAGCUUGAACUGGAGUCUCUUCCGGAGAAGCGAGCUUGAGAAGGCCUUGAAAAGGCUCGCACGACUGAACGAUUUUCUGCGCGAGCUUCUGAACACUCAAGAUCUCCGCUUGCUCCAAGACCAACAGCAUCACAGGUCCAUGGAGCUUGUUCAGAUGCGGAAUAAACUAGACGACAUUCUCGAGUUGACACAAGCUGUCCAGGCCUCCAGACUCAACCACAGUCAGUCCGACACCUGGCAGCGCUUGGCCGAUGCGGAGCUUGAUAAUUUGGCGGCGUUCAAGGCACUCUACAUGUCGCUACUUGCGGGUGAGACAUCUCAACCUGGCAAGACAAGGAUUGAUCCUUCCCGGAUAAGUUUCCAACCAGCAGGGACCGAGUCCGCCAACUACCGGCGAGCGACAUACACGACAAAUGAAGGAAGAGAAACGGAAGUUUGGAUCCACUGGCAAGACGUGGACAUUCCGACAGAGGGCUCUAUGAGGCCUGCAGCCCUCAUGGAUGAGCUGACAAUCUUGCUCAAUGCCCAGAAACCGGAUGAAUUCUGCAUUCCACCUUGCUUAGGAUGGUCUCCGCUAAGGGAAGGUGGUGCACAGCCUCUGCCCGCGUUCGUCUUCGAGAACCCUCCCGGCGUCGACUCGAAAGCGAUCCCAGUUUCUCUACUCCAUGCCAUGAAACACUCACCAAAACCCUCUCUCACACACCGAGUGACGUUGGCCUAUAAGAUCGCACAAUGCUUGCUCUACUUCCACGUAGUCAACUGGCUGCACAAAGCUUUACGAGCGUCGAAUAUCAUCAUGUUUUCGUCGUCAGACAACGACCUUGAUAUUCGAUCUCCAUAUCUGAUAGGCUUCAACAACUCACGACGCUCACAAUUCGGUGAAGCCACAAGUGAAGUGCCACGUGACGGGCACAUGGAAGUGUAUCGUCAUCCCGACACUCAGCUUGAUGGUCCUAUGCUACCGUUUCGGAAGACCUUUGACAUUUACAGCCUUGGUCUAAUUCUGGUCGAGAUCGCGUUCUGGAAGCCGAUUGUGGCCGUGAUGGAGAUUGAAGAGAUUGUGAACAAAUCACCGCGGGCUACCAGGGACAUUCAGGAGCGGUGGGUGCAUACGGAGCUGCGCCUCUUAGCCUCGCUUCGAGCAGAAGUCGGAGCAAAAUAUAGCAGUGCCGUUGAAGUCUGCUUGAAAGGUCGAGAUGCAUUCGGCAUUGAUCGCCGGGACACUGAGACAAGCUCGACGACGGCCAUGGUAAUUCAGAGGACUUUCAAUGCCCAAGUGGUGAGAGUGCUUGCAGAGAUAGCAGUCUGA